AAUGAUUCACACAGCAAUAAAUAACUAGCACCUGCAAAGUUUUGCAAAACAGAUCAUAUCAGAUACUGCGAGAUAAGGUUUUGGGCAGAGAAAAGAGAAAAGGAAAAGCCUAGAAACUAAAAUAGAUUAAUGGCCCCGGAGACGGGAAAAGCAGGCAACUUGACAAAGGAUCAGAUAUCAGAUCAGGUUAAGAUAUCCAUGGAUUUGAUGAGCAGUUUCAAUGAGAAUGCAAGCGAUUCAAAUUCUAAGUUACCUUCUUCACGGUACAAAGGAGUAGUCCCGCAGCCUAAUGGCCGUUGGGGAGCGCAGAUAUACGAGAAGCACCAGAGAGUAUGGUUGGGAACGUUCAAUGGAGAAGAAGAAGCUGCCAAGGCAUACGACAUUGCUUCACAAAGGUUCCGAGGCCUCGACGCCAUCACGAACUUCAAGCAAUCCUCAUGGAGUGCCACCAUAGAUGAUCAGGAAGAUGAGGCUUUCUUCUUGCAGUCACAUUCCAAGGCCGAGAUCGUUGACAUGCUUCGAAAACACUCCUACACCAAUGAGCUAGAGCUGUUCAAGCAGCACAAGAAUGGUGGCAAGAGAAUAAAGUACCGUAACAUUGAUUUGAUGGACAUUCAUAUUCAGAAGGAAUGGCUGUUCGAGAAGGUGCUAACACCAAGCGAUGUGGGGAGGCUAAACCGGUUUGUCAUACCGAAACAACAAGCCGAGAAGCAUUUUCCGUUGAUGGAUUCUGAAGCUAAGGGAGCGUUGCUAAAUUUUGAGGAUGAUUUGGGGAAUGUGUGGAGGUUUAGGUAUUGUUUUUGGAGUAGCAGUCAGAGUUAUGUGUUGACAAAAGGGUGGACUCGGUUUGUGAAGGAGAAGAAGCUGAAAGGGGGUGAUGUAAUUAGGUUUUAUGGAUCAAGUAUGAGAGAGGAUAAGAAGUUGUUCAUAGAGUGUGGGCCAAGAAACAUCGACGACGAGGUUUCGGGUUUUCCGGAGAGGACUAUUACGGUCGAUGAGCCGUUAAUGGCGCCGGGUCGAGAUCACGAUGGAGUGGUAAGGUUGUUUGGAGUUAACAUUGUUGAUAGCAACAUUUUAGACAAUAGCACAUAUAAUUGCUCUCAAUAUAUGUAACAAUGGUCAACGUGGCAUAUAGAACAAGUUGUAUUGAGGUAAUAUUUUUUUCUUUUUCUUUGUUUUAUUAAAAAGAUUGAGAAAUCC